AUGGGGUGGAUGACUAGAUUUUUAUCGGCAGUGGCGUUUUUUGCAAUUGGAGCCGUAUUUUCGCCGGAAACCUUUGGAUCAAAAUCAAUCGGCCUGCAUUCGCCGAUGCUCACCACUCUCUUGAAGCUGGCGCACCUUCUCUGCUUCUCCACCGCCUUUGGCGCCGCCCUCUGGGUGACAUUUAUCGGCGGCAUCAUCAUGUUCAAGAAUUUACCGAGGCAUCAGUUUGGGAAUUUGCAGAGCAAGAUGUUUCCGGCAUACUUCUCAAUGGUGGGGGUAUGCUGUGCAGUGGCAAUGGGCGUUUUUGCGUACCUGCAUCCAUGGAAGACUUCAACCACUGCUGAGAAAUACCAGAUUGGAUUCCUGCUCGCCGCCUUUGCUUUCAACCUCACCAAUCUCUUUGUCUUUACCCCGAUGACCAUCGAGAUGAUGAAGCAAAGGCACAAAAUAGAGAGAGAAGCAAGCAUCGGGGAAGAAAUUGGGUGGACAAAGAACCAAGAAAUUGCAAAGAAAAACCCGAAACUUGCAGCCAUGAACAAGAAAUUCGGAAUGAUUCAUGGACUAUCUUCUCUUGCUAAUAUCAUGUCAUUUGGUAGCCUUGCCGUGCAUUCUUGGUAUUUAGCAGGUAAAAUCGACUUGUAG